AUGGCCCGUCGCCUGACACUGGGUGAGCGAUCUCAGCUGGCCUCCCGUUACGAAGUGUGGCAGUCCGUGGUACAGGUGCAAAGAUGGUGGCGGAAUGUUCACGGACCUCGUGCUUCAGUGGAUGCCAAGACCAUCAGGAACUGCCAUUCCAAGCUGAUGAAUACGGAAUCUGUGGUAGAUACUCGCAAAAGUGGUCGUCCCUCGACAUCCAGGUCGGAGGAAAAUGUGCAAGUGGUGGAGGAAAUGUUCAUCCGAAGUCCCAAAAUGUCAACACGCCAGGCUGCUCGUGAAAGUGUCUUAAUUCGCCACACGAUCCAAACUGUUUUGAAGAAGGAGUUAAAUUUUCUAUCCCAGGCCCUACUUAGUUUCUUGAAGUCCGCUGGGGAGCGAGAACGGAACUACCCGCCUGACGUCCAGAAGCGGGACUAUCGGAAGUUUGCCGAGCCAUUCCAACUGAUCAAUGGCGAACUCUAUCACCAAUCAAAGAAGUGUGCUCAACCGAAGAAGGUGAUCGUCGGGGAAGAAGAAAGGAAUCGCGUAUUGGAUCUCUAUCAUCGUGGAAUUGGUGGUGGGCACUUCGGAAUGAACGCGACUCUUCGCAAGCUUGAGAAGUAUUGGUGGAAGAACAUGACUUCCGACGUGAAGAGGUUUUGUUCGUCCUGCAUUGUUUGCCAAAAGGCGAAUCCCAUGAACAAUCCAGCACCUGCCAAGUUACAUCCAGUAAAGAUUUCCUCUCGCCUCUUCCACCGUUGGGGCGUUGAUCUGGUUGGCCCACUCAACGCGUCAAAGCAGGGAAAUUCUUACCUCUGUGUUUUUACGGAGUACUUGACGAGGGCUCACUGAGAGAUACAAUCAGACAUUAAUUGCGAAGUUGACUGCCCACAUGACUGACCGAGGUGAUGAUUGGGAGACACACCUAAGGAGCGUCAUGAUAGGGUAUAGGUGGAAGGUGCAAUGCUCCUCCAAAUUUUCUCCGUUCGAGCUCAUGUUCGGGGUGGAACCGCGUUUCCCCUACGAGCUCGACAGUCCCAUCACCUCAGAAGACCUUGCCGAUCCAAUCUGGACUGAGG